CGUUGUCAAAGUCUGACAUUUCGUUUGUUGUGCUGAAUUUCUGCGUGUUUAUUUCCCCAAAUCCUGUGAAAAUACGGCUUCAAAAUGGUCAAAAUAGCUCUGCAGAUCAAGGCGACACUCGAAUGUAUAGAUAAGCUGUACACCAACCAUCCUCACUACCAAUGGUUUCUGAAACUGCGGUGUAGCUACUGUGGGGAGACAUCUGGCAAGUUCCACGACCUCACAGAAGCAGACAAGGUGCCGCUAAAGCAUAAUAGGUCCGAGACCCAUCUGCUGAUAAAAUGUAAACUGUGCUCGAGGGAAAAUAGCAUGGAUAUUAUUGAGGGAACCAACGGUGUAUUCACAAGUGACGAUGCAAACAAGUUCAAAACCAUUGUGAUGUUUGACUGCAGAGGAGUAGAACCUAUCGACUUUGAACCCAAGUCAGGAUGGAUUGCCGAGGCUGAGAAUGAUGGCAAAAAGUUUGAAGAUGUGGAUUUGAGUGAAAAAGAAUGGGCUGAUUAUGAUGAAAAGAACCAAACCUCAGUUGGUGUGUAUGAACUUGAGUGGCAAUUCAUCAAAGUCAAGUAAUAUUAAGUUUAUUUUUAUUAUUGCAUUUGUGAAAUACAUUUAUUGAAAUA